GACAAUUUCCCCAGAUUUUCAGUUCCAGUGGUUUGAUUUCAGACGCACAGCAAAUCAAGUCUGUUUACAGACUUUCUUCAAAGAAAAAUGUCACCGAUUGAUUUGACCUUUUACAAAAAAAGAAACGGCUUUGAAACCGAGGUGAGUCAGGCGGAGUUUUAGAAUAUUGGAAUUAAAAGUCACUCGUUUGAAUAUUGAUGUAGGAAUACAUGUUUCUGUUGUAUGUAUUUGUAUAGCCAUAACUAACUGUGUAUAAAGAUGUAAUCUUGCGAUACUGAGCCACCUUGCAGCGGGAACUCUGUACAAUAUGGACACUUCCUGGCUUGUGUAUUGCAGCCCCCUCUCUUUGCCCUGUUCACUGAUACUGUCUGCAGUGCGGAUAACACACAUAGCAUUCUCCUCAGCCUUGCAGGGAAACGCGCCAUGCUGCUCAUUCUGCUAUUCUACACGCUCCAAGUUGGAGAUGCGGGGCUGUUCCAAUACCCGCCCUUAGUCAGAGCCGAGGUCGGGAGCAGCGUAAACUUGACCUGCGAUAUCAGAGACUUCUCGGCUGCAAAGUGCUUCAGUGUCAUCUGGAUCAAACUGCGGUCCAAGAGCAGACCGACCCUGGAAACUUAUCAAAGUGUCAGACCCGGUGGCAGCUUCGUAGGCAACGAAAUCGAGACAUCCUGUUCCCUGAACCUCAACAACGCGCAGGUGAACGAUUCCGCGACAUACUAUUGCGCUUUUAUUAAGAGCUCACUCAUGUACACGGGCAAUGGAUCCACGCUAGUAGUACGAGAAGGCUCCGAUGACCGCGCUUAUAUUGAAAUCCUCACCCCUUCAGAGGGCGCAGUCCAGUCCAGUGGCGCCGCUACUUUAGUGUGUCUGGUGUUCGGGGUACCCGAGCAGGCUCGGGUCUAUUGGGUCAUCGAACACGAACUAACCGACUCCGGGACCGGAAAUUCCAGCGACUCCACUCCGGACUUUAUCAGGAAUGAAAUCACCAUUCCGGGCGCGGUCUGGAGCAGCGGGACCGUGUGCACGUGUGUAGUGGAAACAGAGAGCGGGCGGAAUAUGAGCAAAAGCGUGAGCAAGACCGGUGAGAGAGAUCCAGAUUGCUUUCUUUAUUCGGUCUGGCGAUAUGUCUUCAUUCUUGGAGCUCUCGUUGCGAUGUGGAUACACUUUGCUGUAGUUCACUGGAACAAUAGCAAGCAAAGCGUGUAA